AUGGGUUGGCCAUUCAGUCGCCGCUCCAAAUUAAAGAAACAACUCGCUGCCGAGUCCCGUCAGAACGAGGCUGAACGAGAGCUUUAUCGGGGGCCUCAGCAAGCCCCGUCCGAACGAUACGAUCAAAACACUACCAAUAUCGAAAAGCCCUAUACGAACAUCAUCAACUUUGACAAAGAUUGCAAGAAUGGAACGGGCGCCAUCGCCAUUGACUUCGAACGAGAUCUGAACAUUAUUGUCAGGUUCAAUGAACACAGGAACGAGCGCCAGCCAUCGCACCGCAUCUACAGGACCACCGAGCACAACCGCCUCCAUGAGAUUGGUGUUUUGUGGGAAAGGACAAGCUUACGAGGGGUAGCUUAUUAUGGCGUGGAUAUGCAGGUGUUCAAUGAUAGCUUCAAGGGGUAUCUCUGGCCCGAUAAUGGUAGCAGGACUGUCUGGAAGAUUAUACGGAGCUAG